UUUGUUUAUCAUUGUUAUUCUAUACUUGUUGUUAUGAUAAGCGUUAAUUGGACUAUUUUGCUAGACAAAAUGCAGACCACUACGUUAUUUGCAGUGUGUUUUCAACAAGAAUGUGAUAAAAAUUGCCUUGAAAAUAUUAUUGAAAAUGGCUAGCAGAAACAGAAGAUACACAGUAAAUGAAAUCAUAUCAAUGCUUGAGGAUGAAGGUAACUUUGAAAGGGCAGAUAUACAUGUUCAACCACCUCCUGUAGAUGAAUUGACAGAUGAAGAUAGUGCAAGUGAAGAUGAAAAAUUAGGUUACAACAACCUCAGUGGACGUCAGUUAGACCAACAAGCAACAGCGACAGUUAUUCGCCUAGAUGGACGUCAUGUUGUUGAUUCAGCAUCAGACUCCGAUCUAGAAACUGACCAUUCUUCAGAUUCUUCUGAUACAGAUGAAUACGAAGUGCCUGCAAAUAUUGCAAAAAAGACCUCAAGUAAGAAUUGCACUACGGGAUCCAGCUCCGCGUCCCAAACGACCUGCACCAGUAAAGAGGAAGUGGGAAAAUAAAGAUCUACCUGAGCAAGAUAAAGACAGAUUCACUUGGCAUGGCUCAAAUAUAGACAAAAGUCGAUGGCCGCAAACACCAGAUGGCAU